AGCUACUGGCCCAUCCAACCAUCCUACGGGCAUGUUGUAGCAUCAGACACCCGGUAACCGGCCGCGCCUUCGGGGCGGUCCGACAGCCCACGAGCCAUGCCUUGUGCCAUAUCCCCAAGGCACGACAUGGCACGGCACACCAUGCGAUGGCCAUCUAUACAUACCUAGAAUCUUCCAUCCAUCUAUCUGUCGACUUUCCUAAAAAGAACUAGUUGUCGACUUGUCUGUUGUCAUGGGCUCAUCAUGGCUCCCAGAUCUCCCUCCCUCGCCCGCCGCCGUUGUUGCCGGAGAAGAGAGGGCAUGGCCGACGCCCUCGACAUGUCCCUCGACGACCUCAUCUCCAAGAGCAGGAGCACCCACCAACGGCCCCGGGGGUGAGGCCCUGCCUCCGGAGGCGGAGGCGGAGGCCCAGGCCCCGCACCCACGGCACCGCGAUGCCGCUUCAACACCCGUGCUGCGGCAGCACCUUACCUCCGCCGCGCAGCCUUCUCUCUUUCAAGGGCCAUGCCGCCCUAGCCGCCGAUGGUGUCCGCUUUUGACGAGCCCACCAAGCUCUAUAGCUCUAACCUCGACUACGGGCGUCUCCAACAACGACAUCAAGGAACUCUUUUCUGAUGUUGGUCAUAUCAAGCGUUACUCCAUCAACUGUGACAGGAGUAGAAGAUCAAAGGGAACUGCAGAGGUCAUCUUCUCAAGAAGGUCUGAUGCUCUAGCUGCCGUUAAGAGGUACAACAAAUGUGCUGCUUGAUGGCAAGGCUAUGCAGAUUUAGAUCAUCGGGACAAACAUUCAGGCACCACCACCACUACCAACCGCUUUUUUCUCUUUCAAUCCACCAGCUGGAAACUUCAAUUUGACUUU